GAAAGAGAGAGAGACAGAAGUUCCUCCUCUCAGUCUCACCCGAACUCUCUCUCUUUCUCCCUCUCUCCUUCUAUCUCCCUAUCUCUCUCUCUCUCUCUUCUUCUUCUUCUUCCUCCUCCGCUGCUGUGGUCAAACUGCACCAGGUUUUGCCAACCAUGUUGUUGGUGUGUGCGCGGCUGCUUUUGCUCCUCCCCCUGGUUUGCUGUGUCGCCUCCCCCUCCAGGUCGCCUACCAGACACUGCAGGCGUUGCUGUGACCAACUGGAGCCGUCAGCCGUCACCGGCUCGCAGCAGAUGCCAGAGAUUCGUACAGUCAUCAACAUGACCAUCCUUAAAGGUGACAAAGGAGAAAAAGGUGACAGAGGUACACCAGGGAAACCAGGGCUGGAGGGCCCCCAUGGAUACCGAGGACUGAUCGGUCCCAAAGGCAGCAAAGGCCAGGCAGGAGCCCCGGGAGACGCCUGCAAGAUCUCGUCCUCCUUCUUCUCGGUCGGGCGUCGGAAGUCCCUGCACAGCCUGGACUAUUAUCAGGCGCUGGUUUUCGACACGGUCUUCGUCAACAUCCACGAGCACUUCAACAUGUUCAAGGGCAAGUUCUACUGCUACGUGCCGGGGAUCUACUUCUUCAACGUCAACAUCCACACCUGGAACUUCAAGGAGACCUACCUCCACCUGAUGCACAACGACAAGGAGCAGGUCAUCCUGUACGCGCAGCCCAGCGAGCGCUCCAUCAUGCAGAGCCAGAGCGUGAUGCUGGACCUGGCUCUGAACGACGAGGUGUGGGUUCGACUCUAUAAGCGGGAAAGGGAGAACGCCAUUUACAGCGACGACGUGGAUGUCUACAUCACCUUCAACGGAUACCUGGUCGCUCCGAGUCUCCAUUAAAACACGGGACACGGAGAAUGUUUUUUUUGUUUUUUUGUUUGGAUUCUGAGAAACUUUUUGAAGAAGUUUUGGUGCUUUUCUGUCUUUUGAGCCUGGAAACAGGAAACGUCCUGCCUAUAAAAUAUAUGAGAAACAAAAGGAACUAUAAAAAAGGGAGAGGUAACGCAGCACGCAAUUAGGAAGGAAUGUUCAAAGACUUCCUUUGUGCCAGAAAAUCACAUUUAUUCAAAGCAAAACAUUUUCCUCGUCUACUCCUGUGCUGGGCUUUUUAGAAACAACGUUAGAGACAAGAGUCUGAAAAAUGUCACUGUUUUCAAACAGUUUGGUGCUCUUCAAUCUUUGGUGACUUCUCAGGCAGCAGUUAGUGGGUCAUUUAAAACACACACACACACACACACACAUAUUUGUGAGGCACUGCUGGCCCACUUAUUCUAAUAGGGUGUGACCGUCCAAACUUUACAUAAUGACACAUCAAUCUUCUGUGGGGGAAAAUUCGGGAACCUGCCCUCCGUGCACCCAAACCUCGGAGCCUGGAAUGGUCUCCAUGUGUCUGUGAUCUAGAAAUCAUGGUUCUAUAAUCGGAUUCACGUCUGAUCUCACCGAAAUUAUUUUUAGAGAAUCGUAGAGGUUUCACAUUUUGAAUAAACUUUUUUUUUUUACUAACUAAAUACGACAGCAUCUGGAACCAGCUCCAACUGAGCUCAGUGUGUUGGUUCUGUUGGAACUAUAUUUAAGAACCGUUGGUCAGAGCAAACGCUGAGCCAUGUGGUUUUAUAAAAUGCUGUCGCUAUGCUAGUGCUAAUGCUAGGACGCUACAUCCAACAUGGCGGCCAACUGGGAUAAAAACUAGUUUGUCAAAAUCUGCACCAGCUAACAGCAGCAGAGAGGUUUUUUUUUGUGUCGGAGCUGCUGGUCAACCAGCCGUGGUUGCCAUGUUUCAAAUCAUCAAAAAGUAUCAACGUGGAGACACAAAAAUAAACCACUUCCUGUUUAAGAUAAUGUGGCUAAAAGGAUGCCCCCCCCCCCCCACCGGCCUCGUCUCUCUUCUGUCAGACAUGUUGAAGUGAGACUGAGCGUCUGUUUUUCAGACUGGUUCCAGGCUGAUCCACAGACCGACUGUCAGUGCCUCAUAAAACCAUAACACCGUAAAAACCAGAACUGGAGAUUCUGUUAAAGUUCAUUCAUUUCUAACUGACUCCAUGAACAACACGUCAAAAAUAUUACAGACAAAUGUGGUGCUUUUCUUUUUUUUCUUUUUUUUCCUCUGUUUUUUUUUUCUUUUCUGUGCCAAUGCAGCUGUGCAUUUGGGUUUUAACGGAUUGAACGUUUUGUUUCCUGUGAGACUUCAAACUGCAGAGCAGUUCAUGUAAAUAGUUGUACAAUUAAACUGUUUAUAACUGAAA